AUGGGCAGACAGGCCUACCGCAUGGCAGCGCAUGAACUGAACACGACCAUUGCGCCCGCGAAGCGAAACACGGCCGAGCAGACUUCGAGAAGGCCUUCAAACCAUCUGCAUCGACACUCCCUCCCGCACGGGGAAGGGGGGCCUGGCGCCCCUCAUGCCGUGAGCCGCCACAACGUGUGCCUGGUUGGUGGCGGGCUGGCGGGCGGGCUGGCGGGCAGGACGAGAAGAGUUGCAGUUGCAGUUGCAGUUGCAGUUGCAGUUGCGUGCACCCACACAUGGACAGACAAACAGACAAGGCCCCGGACAGUCGACUGGGGGGGUGAGGGACAGAGAGGCCCAGGUGCAGCAGCUGGGGAGGAGAGGCCAUGGCUGACCAAGAGCGGUACCCAGACUGGCGGGUCGAGUGCUUUUGCGCCGCACGCGACAAGACAGCUGGAGGGGCUGGGGGAUCGCGGGACCCUAGUUCCCAGGGCUUUGCGGGCGUUGCCAAGCCGAGGCUCGUCUGACAGGCGGGUGGUGUAG